CUGCCCGGGAGACAGCGGCAUGUCCUUUUGCGAUCGAAAGCAAUAGUAUUGUCAUUGUGGAUCACAAGCAUGGCAUUUUGGACGAUAACGAGAAUAAUUCUUUAGUAUUAGAAAUGCCAUUUGUCAGUUGGCAGCACAGACAAUGUGAUUUGAAAUUCCAUUCCCGGCUGACGCGACAAAUAAAAGCAAACAGUUUGACAUCCUUUCCCCAAUGCGCUGGCGUUCUUUGAUUGCAAAGCUUUCGACCAUGACAGGUAAAACACCAGAGACAUAUCGUGCACCUGCUCUCUUCCUUCCUCACGGAGGAGGUCCCAUGCCCCUCCUCAACGAUCCGGGGCACCGCGAUCUUAUCACCUUCCUUACAAAAACGGGGCGAAAGUAUCUGAACCCUCGGCCUAAAGCCAUUCUUUUGGUCACGGCGCACUGGGAAACACGCAACCCUACAGUCUCGACUGUAUCCAAGCCUGAGCUUCUCUACGACUAUUACAACUUCCCGCCCGAAACGUACAACAUUGAUUUUCCUGCCAAGGGUGAUCCCGAAGUCGCCAAGCGUGUCGUAACUCUUCUUCAAAAUGCUGGAUUCAAAACACAAACCGAUGCAGAGCGAGGAUGGGAUCACGGUGUAUUCGUUCCUCUGAAACUUUAUUUGCCUGAUUUCGAUAUCCCAAUCAUCCCAAUGAGUGUAUUGACUUCACAGGAUGCCGCAGAGCACUAUCGGAUUGGAAAGGCACUGGAACCGCUGAGGAAUGAGGGAGUCAUGAUUAUUGGAAGCGGCAUGUCCUUUCACAAUAUGCGAGCCAUGCGAGGGCGGCUUGGGUUCAGCGGCACUCUCAAUGAACCUUUUGACGAUGCCGUGGAUGAAGCAGUAAAGAUUGCCUCAAGCGAUGAGAGGGGUAAAGUGUUGAGUGCUUGGGAUAAAAUGGAAGGUGCACUGGACUCGCAUCCUUAUGGGGCUGCAGAGCACUUUAUGCCUUUAUUAGUCGUUGCUGGUGCAGGCGGCGACGAGCCUGGUGUUCGAGCUUUGUCGUGGAAUAUGAGCCCGUUUAGGAUUUCGGCAUGGGUAUGGGAGGGUGCAACGAAGGGGACGGCAUGAGGUAACAAUUUUUCUUAGUGCAGAGGCUGUCAGUAGGACUUAUCCAACGUAUUCUGGAUUUAAUAACUACUCUCGUAAACUACGCAUUUUUUAUACUAAGAAGGUGCCAUUAAUUUAUCAUGAUUUAAACCUGC